CUCCACGCUAGAAAGCAAAGAACUGAAAGCAAAGCUACAUCAAAUAAAGUGGGAUAUCAAAAACAACCCCACCAAAAAAGAAAGAAAAAAAUAAUACCAAAACCUGGUUCAUCACACAUCAUGUCCGCCUCCACGACAUCACAGGCAAAGCCUUCAGUGCCAAUCGCACUCUCCGCCGAGGCAGUCGACGAUCUGAUCUAUGACGCCCGAGCAGGCGACCUCGAGGCCCUAAAUGAGGACAUCGCCAACCUGGCCAGCCAACACAGCUGCAACGAGUCCCAGAUCGUGGUAUCUGCCAUCGACAUGGCAGAUGAGAGCGAGGGCGGCUCUGGAUCCUGCAUUCUGCACUUCCCUGCUGCGAAUGGAAACUCUGAAAUCCUCAAAACUCUGCUCCAAAAGCUGUCAUCCGCAGACGCAGCCCAGCGUUCCGCAUUUGUUAACCACCGCAACAACUCCGGCAACACGCCCCUGCACUGGGCUGCGCUUAACGCGCACCUGGAAUGCGUUAAGGCUCUUGUCGAAGCUGGCGCAGACCUUGAUGUUAAGAACGAUGCUGGCCACGACGCUGUGUUCCUCGCUGAGCGGACGGCGUGGGCUGCUGUUGAGGGUGACGAGGAUGUCGAGGGCGCUGAGGGCGAUGAUGCUCAGACUCAGGAGAUUGAGAUGACUAUUGGUGAGAAUGAGGGUGAGGAGAAGCCUGCUGAGAGUGCUGGUGAGAUGUCUGCGGGCAGACAGGUUGUUGAGUGGCUCUUGAAUUCGGAUAGUGGCGCUAGUUUGGAGAAAGGGGCUACUGAGGGUGAGGCUAGUGGAUCUGCUUGAUUAUCUCAAGGAGGUUGGGAUGACAUGGCUUUUUUUGGGCAGAUAUGAUUGAAGAAAAGUUUAAAGAUUUCAUGCAUAGAAUCGGAGAUAUGGGUAACUUUCUAUUCUUGCAUAUGUUGUUUGUUAGUGUCUAUAUUAAUGCAUUUUGAUUCUUUUUUA